GAUGUGGCAUUCUGGGGACCCGCAGGUUUCAGUGAAGCUGUGCCGCUUUCGCCGCUCUAACCACAAGAAACAAGGUUUUAAUGAGCAUGCGCAAGGUGAAAGUGGUUGUACUCUUUAAUAUUUGUCACGCUGCUCGCCGGAGCCGGCGGACCUCUGCGGUUUUAACCGAUGUGCAUGGAUCGGCAGCAAAGAACGGCUGCGACGGGUGUAGAAAUCCGCGCACCCUCUGUUUUGUCGCACGAUUGGUGACGUCCAAUAACCGACUCCCUGCGAAGUCAACAGGGCUAAGGCCUGAAUACUUUUUUUUACUUUUUGUUUGUUAGCGACCGCUUGCGAAAAUCGUGUGGGUGACCGGAGUUCGAAGCCCGUUUUGAUCGGGUGUAAACAGAUGAAGCACCCCGCCCCAUAACCGAAGCAGACGCUGUCGGAAACGUUAGCCAGCCAGUUAAAGCUACCGCUAACUGCCAGCGAGGAAGUAAGGAUAGAGAAAAAAUGACAUCUCGGAGGUGGUUUCACCCCAACAUCACAGGUGUGGAGGCUGAAAACCUCUUACUCACGCGUGGAGUAGACGGAAGCUUUUUGGCCCGGCCCAGUAAAAGUAACCCUGGAGACUUCACCCUCUCAGUACGACGAAAUGGAGCUGUCACCCAUAUUAAGAUCCAAAACACAGGAGACUACUAUGACCUCUAUGGUGGGGAAAAGUUUGCCACCCUGGCAGAGCUGGUGCAGUAUUACAUGGAACAUCAUGGACAGCUGAAGGAAAAAAAUGGAGACGUUAUUGAGCUUAAGUAUCCACUCAACUGUGCUGAUCCCACCUCAGAGAGAUGGUUCCAUGGACACUUGUCAGGCAGGGAGGCUGAGAAACUGCUGACAGAGAAAGGAAAGAAUGGCAGCUUCCUGGUGAGGGAGAGCCAGAGUCACCCGGGAGACUUUGUUCUGUCUGUUCGAACGGGAGACGAUAAGACUGACAGCAGUGACAGCAAACCCAAAGUUACUCAUGUCAUGAUUCGCUGCCAGCAUGACCUGAAGUAUGACGUGGGUGGAGGUGAGAAGUUCGACUCCCUCACUGACUUAGUAGAGCACUACAAAAAGAACCCUAUGGUAGAGACUCUUGGUACCGUGCUUCAGCUUAAACAGCCCCUAAACACUACUCGCAUCAAUGCAGCAGAGAUUGAAAGUCGGGUUAGGGAGCUGAGCAAACUGGCCGAGGCCACAGAUAAGGUCAAACAGGGCUUCUGGGAGGAGUUUGAGACUUUGCAGCAACAAGAGUGCAAGCUGCUGUACAGUCGCAAAGAGGGCCAGAGAGUGGAGAACAAGAACAAGAACAGAUACAAGAACAUCCUGCCCUUCGACCACUCGCGUGUGGUGCUGAAUGAUGGAGACAUUAAUGAGCCAGGCUCUGACUACAUCAAUGCCAAUAUCAUCAUGGUAGUAUCUGCUGUCAUGCCGGAGCUGGAGUCAAAGUGUAACAGCACCAAGGUGAAGAAGAACUACAUCGCUACUCAGGGCUGUCUGCAGAACACCAUCAGUGACUUCUGGAGGAUGGUGUUUCAGGAGAACUCCAGGGUCAUCGUCAUGACCACUAAGGAGGUGGAGAGGGGAAAGAGUAAAUGUGUGAAGUACUGGCCCGAUGUGUUAGCUCUGAAGGAGUACGGUGCCAUGCGUGUUCGCAGUGUCCGAGAGACGGCUGCUCACGACUACAUCUUACGAGAGCUGAAACUGUCCAAGGUCGGCCAGGGGAACACAGAACGCACAGUGUGGCAGUAUCACUUCAGGGCCUGGCCGGACCACGGCGUGCCCACUGACCCCGGAGGUGUACUCGACUUCCUGGAGGAAGUCAACCUGAAGCAGGAGAGCAUACUGGACGCCGGGCCAAUAGCAGUGCACUGCAGUGCAGGGAUUGGGCGAACAGGAACAUUCAUAGUGAUUGACAUGCUGAUAGAUGUGAUCAGGGAAAAAGGAGUGGACUGUGACAUCGACGUGCCAAAGACCAUUCAGAUGGUCCGAUCCCAGCGCUCUGGGAUGGUGCAGACUGAAGCGCAGUACAGGUUCAUCUACAUGGCCGUACAGCAUUACAUAGAAACACUGCAGAGACGCAUCGAAGAAGAACAGAAAAGUAAGAUAAAAGGCCGUGAAUACACCAACAUUAAGUAUUCAAUGUCAGACCUGACUGGAGGGGAGCAAAGCCCUUUGCCUCCUUGCACUCCCAUCCCUACUCCCACCUGCACAGAGAUGAGGGAGGAGAGCUCCAGAGUGUAUGAAAAUGUCGGACUGAUGCAACAGCAGAAGAGCUACAGAUGAGAUUCAUCCAUGACAUCUGUGAUUCGAUCUUUCCAGGAUCUCGAUACCUGACCGUUCAUUUGCCAGCCACACCUUGACGCCUGAGACUUGACCGUAAUGACAUGGAACAACGGACACACUCACACACUCGUACACAAGAAAGAGAGAGAGACCAGACUCCAGGCUUCUCCUGUUCUCCCUCAUCUUCCACAAACCGUCGCCCUCUAGAUUGAAUUUUAAACCACUGUGAUGAUCAGAGGAGCCUCCUAGAAGCCUAACACACUAAACCCUUGACUAAACUGUGUCUAGCCUUUGUCAGUGUCACUUCAACAAGGGCUGCACACAGUGAGCACUCUCCUCA